CUGUUUUAACAUACUUUGAAACGCCCCCCAUUUAAUCUCUCUGCCUCUCAAGCAAUGUCCAACGACCACUCCACUUCCUCCAUCCUAGAAGAUGAUCAAGAUACCAUCAAUUCCACCACCACCUCCACCAUCACCCCAACCCCAACAACUACCACUUCAGCCUCAGCCUCAGCUUCAUCACAUAACUCAUCCCUCUCCAAAUGCCAAUCAGCAAUCCAAUCCCUCUCAACCAUUCUCCCCUCUCUCCCUCCUUCCCUCUCCUCCUCCUCCAACCCCGCCCACUCCCUCCUCCAUGACCACCACACGGCCUCCCACAUCUCCUCCCUUCUCCGCCAACCCGACUCCGGCGCAGGAGACAACAACCUCUGCCGCUGGCUCUACGACACCUUCCAAUCCUCCGAUCCCGACCUCCAACUCCUCGUCCUUCGCUUCCUUCCCAUCAUCGCGGGCAUCUACAUCUCCCGUGCUGCCCUCCGGGUACCCCUAGCUGGCUUUGAGGCAGUCCUCUUAGCCCUCUACGCCCACGAAACCGCAACACGUUCUGGCCACUCCAUAACCGUCAGUGUCCCUGACUUGUCUCAUCCCAGUCUCUACCACGAAAGCAAAGCACCCACUAAAAACAACUCCACAGGCCUAAAUUUGGCUGUCAUAUCUCCAAGUUUGGAACCCUAUGGUACAGUGAGGUCCACAAGGAGGGCUAGGAUUGUUGGGGUGGCACUAGAGUUGUACUACAGUAAGAUACAUGAAAUGCCGGUGCAGUCAAAGAUUGAAUUUUGCGAGUUUUGCAAGGUUUGGGCUGGCCAAGACGGGGAAAUGUACAAGGAGAUGACUGGUAGUAGCUGUAGCAGUAGGAGUGAAAGCAAAGAAGAGGAUGGAAAUGGAGAAAAGGUGGGGAGCAUUCCUUUGCCAUGGGAAUUGAUGCAACCGGUUUUCAGGAUUUUGGGUCACUGCCUUUUGUGUCCAAACCAAAACAAGGAGUUGGUUAAUAAGGGCAGUGAGGCUUGUAGGAGUUUGUAUGCCAGAUCUAUGCAUGAUAUCAAUCCCAAAGCUAUUUUGGCCACUGGGAGUCUUCUUAGGCUCACUAAGCAAGCAUUGGACACUAACGAUGAUUUUGAUCCAACUGAGAUUCCUAAAUCUCGAAUUAUUAGUAUCUAGGUUCUCAUUCUCCUCCUGAUAAUCUCUUUAUUUUCUCAUUGUCAAUAAAUUAUAAGUUGAGUUCAUUUCUAAAACUUCAUUCUAAGACAAUAUCAAAUUCCAAGUUUAUUUCCCCAUCCAAAUGCACCGUACAUACUUUAUUCUCUCUUGUGGGGCCUUCAUCAAUGUUUCUAUCCAUACAUAUAUAUUGAGCUGACUUGGUGGAACACAACAAGAUUGAUGGAAUAAUAUGGGAAAAUGAUUUCU